AUGGAGAUAGGUAAUCAUGGCACUGGAAUCAUGGAGCUCACUAAAUCUUAUGGUCACAAAGAGGGAAGCCCCAACACCUACGACCUGUCGCCGGAGAAGCGGCGUGCCGAGGCCGAACGCUUGGCUAUCCGCGCCCGCCUCAAGCGGCAGUACCAGCUGCAGCUCAACCACCCCAACCGGCCGACCAUCAUCGAAGAUCCUGCCUUGAUCCGCUGGGUCUAUGCUAGGACGCAGAACGUCUACCCUACUUCCCGCCCGACACCUAAGACGUCCUUUCUAGGAGCUCUUUAUGCGAUAGGCCCUAUCCUCUUCUGGAUUGCUGUCUUCAAAGCUGACAGGGAUCGUAAAGAGAAGCUUAUCCAAGAGGGUAAAUACAAGCGACCAUGGAGUAUGUUGUAAGUUCCUGGAAUUGCAGUGCUGUUUAUGGCAUAUCAAUAAAACAAGAUAAAUUGUGUGAUGAUGUUUCUCCUUCAUAAGAAUAAAUCUUAAUUGCUCAUU